AAGACACCACGGCCAAGUUUUGUGUUUUCUCAGGGCUGGCAUAUUCUCCAGGAAUGUCUGUGACACCACGUCGCGACGUUUGAACUUCUCUUUUGUUUUUUUAUUUCUUCAUAUUUGACCGUUUGCGCAAGGAUGCUUGUACAGUUACAGGGUUUGACCAUUUAGGAGGAGAAGGGAAGAAGAAGAAAAAAAAGAAAACAAAAAGUCAAGAGCCAAAACAUUGCAGCAAUCCACCAACAAGCUGGCCCUGAGUCGUAGACCUUUACGUGACGGCGUGCCUGUUUUUAAUCAAAACCAUCGCAGACGUCAAACACAGUGAGAGUCGGAGCAAGAGAGAGGAAGUAGUGAACUCUGAGAAAACUGUGGGAGGACGGAGAGGGCAGAAAGUAGAGAGAAUAAGCAGAUGACAUUAAAUAAGAAAGAGAAAGAGAGCAAGAAGGAGAGAGAGAGAGCGAAAGAGAUGACUCAGUCUUGGAAAUUGUCAAGAGCGCAUGGAGCAGUAGAGAAAGAGAGCAGUCAUAUCUGCGUCAGCUAAAACCAGCUAAUGCGAUCAAGAUGAGUGUCUGCUGCUGCCGCUGCUUCUCGCACCGCUUCACUCCGGCUCUAUUCGUCCCUCUUUUUCAAAUUCUCUGCCUAUCUGUGGCCUAGUCGAGAAGCAGCUAUCGCACCUGAUCUGGGAACUUGAACACUAUUGAAAGAGAGGAAACGGGAUCAGGAGGUCAAGGAAUGGAAAGAACCGUUGGCUUCUUGGUGCAAGUUUUACAAAGGAAGAUCUUGGAGAAGUAAAUUACUUCCUUGUCAUGGAAGCCUGGAUCUAAUGCUAAAGUAAGGUUUCGGAUGUAAAGUUUGUUUUUUUUCUGAGGUGGACUUUUAUGCAAAAAAAAAAUGUUGUACUGCUCCACAACUGGGCUGUAGAAAGCUUACCCUGGAUGCAAUCUCAGUGACCCAGAUGACCUCAGAACGGGGACAGUUGUGUCAAGAGUGAUCUCACCCCCCUAGUGAGGACAUUGGGUAACAGGCUGCGACAUCGCCAAGACCAAACAUCUCUGACCAACAGACUGAGAGACACCAGAGAGGAGAAGAGACCAGCAUUGCGGAAGCAAGGUCUGCUUUUGCACUUUGUGUGGGCGUCUGUAGCAGGGCUCUAUGGAAUAACAGAGGUCAUUGGCCAUGCCUGUAGCCCUGCGCACAAGAAGCUGGGAGGAUCAUGUAACCCCACACUCGAGGAAACAGUACAGCUACGAUGACCUUGACCUAGUUUGCUGCCAUGCCAGUGUUGGAGGCAGCGGUUCCCCCACAGGUCGAAGACGGCGAGCAAGAUGUGCAUCGAUGCCAGAAUGUUGCCGUCAUCUUCCUGGCUUUGAAAGCUAUCCUGGGGAAGAUAGGAACAGAAGAGGAAAGACUUUAUCUGGUACAUUUAAGGGUAUAGCAGCUAGCUAUGAAGGUAAAAACAGUCAACAAUUUACCAAAGGUCACAUUUUUGUGACAGUCAGAAAAGCAAUGGCAGAUGAAGAUAUUAUCCAAUCAAAAGACAGUCCAUCAAGUCACAACCAUUCAGCACCCAUUUCCAAUCAUUUUCUUUAUGAAAGCCUAGAUGAAAUACAUAAGAAAGUUGAAGAGAUCUCUAGUGAAACUAUGUCCACAUCCUCUGGCAGUUGUUCAGCAAAUGCUGUAGAAGAACAGGCCAAGGAACUAGAUUUCUCUACAACAGAUGAAACCAAGAAUAUCUGCAAAGAUAAUGCUAAAAUCAACUUUUCUGAAAUUAUCCCAAAUAAUGAAAUGACAAUGGAAUUAACAGGAAAGCCUGAAACAAACAGUGAGCCAAUGGUAGAAGGCAACAUUGGUGAUCCUGUGGUAGAAGCAAGCAUGCUACAUCGCCAACAGGUAAUGAGGGUAGGUGUAGAAGCAACAGUCACAGUCAACGAUAAAUUCAAUCCGGAGGCUUCACUUGUAUCUGAUGAGCAUAGUGAUGCCAUCAUAAGUACUGACCUGACCACAGAGAUCAAGCAGUCUGAAACUUCUCAAAUUCCCAACAAUAGUGUUGUUCCAGAUGUUAUCAUUAAUUCUAACAUUCCAAACUCUAACAAUGACCAGGUAGUCACACGUGAAGAGGUUCUGCAGGUUCAUAACCUCAACGCAUCCACAAAACUUGAGUUUUCCCCAUGUGUAUCCGGAAGUACUAGUAAUCCUGACAAGUGCAGAGAUUGCCAUUCCAAACUGGACACCAUUCCCGAGGUAUCCUUUACUGAGCUGGGGGAGGAAGCACUGGGUCCGGUGACGAAGGACAAUCCUGGCUCCCAUAUCACAACUUUAGUGGAUCUUAAGGGUGCUGGAAAUACUAAAGGCAGUUCAGAACAACUGGAGAUACAAAAGGAUAUCCCUGAGGCAGGAUUUCAAGGAAAAUUCCAAAACAACAUCACUGGGGUCUCGCCAGACUGCGAGUCUUCAUUAGAAAGCGGAAUGGAAGCCUCUGAUCACGUGAUGAUUCUUCAGACAAGUCCAAAUAUAGAUGAGGUGGAUAGAGACCCCAAACCUCAGGAAGUUCCCGUCAGGCUCCGCACACGGAAGAGCUCGAGGGAGGAUAAAGAGCGGGAACGAUCUCAACUGGACUCCAUGGUUCUGCUCAUAAUGAAGCUCGAUCAGUUGGACCAGGAGAUCGAGGAUGCUUUAGGCUCCGCCCCCUCCCCCAAGGACACACCCACUGCCAAGAGGCGCUUCGUUUCUGAAGUGGAUUUGGCGUCACUGGAUGGAGAUGGAAGUCUCUCGGGGUCUUUGCGCUCCCUCAACACUCCUCAUCAUCAGUCUUCAUCGUCGCUGUGUUCCGUCAAAAACAGGACAUCUGCUGCAUUAUCGGAAAAAGACCGAGCAGAAAUCGAGGCGAAGGAGGCAUGUACGUGGCUCCGUGCCGCUGGUUUCCCUCAGUACGCUCAGCUCUAUGAAGAUGGUCAGUUUCCUAUCCAGAUCUCGUCAGUCACCAGAGAUCACGACUUUCUUGAUCGAGACGCCAUCGAAGCACUUUGCAGGAGACUAAACACUCUCAACAAGUGUGCCAUGAUGAGGCUGGAGAUCACUCCUCAGAGAAAAAGAAGUGAAGACUCAGAUGAAGAUGAGCCCUGUGCCAUCAGUGGCCGUUGGACCUUUCAACGAGACAGCAAGCGUUGGUCCCGUUUGGACCAGUUGGACCUGGAUGUCUUCACAUCUCCAGCGGGAGAUGCUAUUUCUGCCCCUACCUUCCUCUCCUCCCAGGAACAGCACCUGCCUGGGGGCCACCUGCUUCGAGAGAGGGUUAGUGCUAGUGCUGAAAGUGUGCUAACAGAUCUGAGCGAGCAGCCAGAGGUGGGAUCCUUGCACAGCGCCGGAAGUGGUGGUCAUGGAGGGUCACGUAGUGUUACGGUCCCGUCCAGCCCGGCUAACACCAAUUCCAAUGUCGCUACAGCUUCUACGACCCGUGCUAGCUCUGUUGUUAGCGUGUGCUCUUCUGGGACUUCUGGCGCCAAUGAGGAUUCCCUUUCCGAAGGGAUUCCCUCACCGCUUGAACAUGGGAGUUUUGCAUUUGAUGCCAGAACCUUUUCAGGAAGUAGUAGAGACAGUAAAAGCACACGGUCAAGGGCCAAGAGCUUCCUGAAGCGUAUGGAAAGCCUGCGACUGCGUAGUAGCAGCAUGUCUUCAAAGCGUAAAAAGAAAGGCGCAGUCAGCAAUGGAAGGCUGGAGAUUAGCGGUCCAGUGUUGAAGGAAGGUCUGGAUGAGGACAAGCUACGACAGCUCAACUGUGUCGACAUUGCCACACUGGAGCACACCGGGACCCACAACCGCAGCACCUCCUACUCCACACAAACGAGCAGUGGAAGCACAGGCAGCAGCCAUUCAGAGACGAGCAGUGGAAGUGCUGUGAGUACACCCAGUCCGAUCACGAGGGCACGGAGCCACAGCACGGCAGCUGGCUCGAUAAAGCGAGUUGGGAUGUACCUGGAAGGGUUUGACCCGUUCAGUCUUGUUCAGGAAAAUGAGAACCUGGAGAUCCGGAACUGUGGGAGAAGGCCUGAACCGAGCAUGACCACGGAAAACAACCUACGGAACCGCAAAAGCACUGAUGAGAGGCAAGUGGAACAUAAGAGGAUAGAUGAGGAAUCUGGCGUGAUAUAUUUUUACCUUCCUGAUGGUCACAAACCGGGCACCUUUCCCAAGUCGCUUGCCGAUGGGGGUUCCUUUCACCGCAGCGACAGCAGACCUCAUCGCAGGUCCUCCACCUCAUUAGAUAGUCGGUUGAGUUUUUACGACAAUGUGCCCUUUCCUGAAAUUGGGCAUGAGGAAGAGGAUGAACCAGAGGGAGAGGAGGAGGAGCCAAAGAUCGAGGACGUGCUAGAGCGAGUGACUGGCUUGCAACGACUGGUCAGAGCAUGGACAGAAUCAGGGCCUGGAGAGGAAGAGGAGGAGGAAGAGGAAGGAGACUCGGACUCAGCUUUGGAUUCUGCCUCUCCUUGCCCUUCAUCGCCGUUACAGAACCAUUUGAUGGAGACAGAGAAUGGGAGCGACCAGGAAAGCACAGGGAACCCGCUAGGCGAGCAGGACGACACGGUUAGCGCAAGAGAGAGACGAGACUCUGGUGUGGGAGCAUCACUCACCCGGGCUAACAGGCCUCAGAAGCUGCGCUGGCCCAGUUUCCAGAACUCACACCGGCCGAGUGUGUCGUCGUCCGCGCUGCAGCUUGACUGUCAGUCAGUACUGCAGAUGAAUCUGCUGCAGAAAUACAGCCUGCUGAAACUCACAGCUCUGCUGGAGAAACACACACCCACCAACAAACACGGCUUCAGCUGGGCCGUACCGAAGUUCAUGAAGCGGAUGAAAGUGCGUGACUCAAAGGAGCGGAGUGUGUUUGGCGUGCCGCUGCAGGUGAACGUGCAGAGGAGUGGACAGCCGUUACCGCAGGGCAUCCAACAGGCCAUGCGCUACCUGCGCAAUCACGGCCUCGACCAGGUGGGCUUGUUCAGGAAGUCAGGGGUGAAAUCGCGCAUUCAGGCUCUGCGCCAGAUGAAUGAAUCGUGCGGCACAGAAGGGGGCGGAGUCAGCUACGAGGGCCAAUCGGCUUACGACGUGGCGGACAUGCUGAAACAGUAUUUCAGAGAUCUACCUGAACCGCUGCUCACCAGCAAACUGUCUGACACGUUCCUGCAGAUCUAUCAGUUUAUUCCUGUGGAGCAGCGUUUGCAGGCGGCGCGUGCCGCAGUGUGCCUGCUGCCUGAUGAGAGUCGUGACGCUCUCCACACUCUGUUGUGUUUUCUGAGCGACGUAGCGGCGAAUGUGAGCGAGAAUCAGAUGACCUGCACUAACCUGGCUGUGUGUCUCGCACCGUCACUGUUUCACCUGAACACGGCGCGCAGGGACGCAUCCUCGCCCAGAGUGAUGAGCAGGAAGAACCCAUUGGGCAAACCGGACCAAAGAGACCUGAAUGAAAACCUCGCAGCCACACACGGCCUCACACACAUGAUCCAGGAGUGCAGGAAACUGUUCCAGAUCCCCGAGGAGCUGUCCCGCUGCAGGAACUCGUACAUCGAGCAGGCGUUAAUUCCCCCGCGCAUGGAGGACCUGCAGGACGACUCGCACAGCUACAGGAGCCUCGUUAAGGAGAGCAUGGACGCGCUGCUUAAAGAAGCCAAGGAAAAGUUCAAAGGUUACGACACCUGCUCGACACCUGAACACGCUGAACUCGCUUACAAAAAGGUGCACGACGGCUGGUCUCUCCGUCAGUGGAAGGUGUGUGUGGACGUGGCGGCCGGAGCGGACGAGGUUCUGCAGCGAAUCGUCCGUGAGCAGGAACGAUGGGAUGAAGAUCUGCUCGAGAGCCGAGUGAUCGAAACACUCGACAGCAACACGGAUAUUUAUCAGUUCAUCCGCAACAACAUGGCGCCUAAUCCAGCCACCGAUUACGUGGUGCUGAGGUCGUGGGCGACGGACCUCCCUAAAGGUGCAUGUGCGUGUGUGUGUGUGUCGGUGGAGCACGAGGCUGCGCCGGUGCUCGGUGUGCGCGCCAACGUGGUUGCAUCACGCUACCUCAUAGAGCCGAGCGGCCCGAACAAGAGCCGCGUCACACACAUCUCCAGAAUAGACCGCAGAGGUCGGUGUCCGGAGUGGUAUAACAAGCUGUACGGCCACCUGUGCGUCUCUGAACUGGUGCGGCUACGAGACUCCUUCACCUGCCCACUGGACAAAUAAACACACACACACACACACACACACACACACACACACACACACACCUGGACCAAUGAUGAUGAAGAUUCUAUAAAUCACACACGGGCUUACAAAGACGGCAUGUUGAUCCUUCAAGCUACAGAGGUCAGAGGUCAUGACCUUUGCAUACUAAGGUAAAAGGUCACAUGACGGGCCUGAAAGACUGGAAUGGACACACCUGCUGCUGUGACAUCAUCGAUGACGUCAUGGAAGGACUUGAAAGGGGGGGGAGGGGGAGGGGGGGUUAGGGUGCUACUGCUUCUGCGAAGCAAGAUGUGUUCGUGUGUGUGUGUUCGUUUGUGUGUGUGUGUGUUCGUGUGUGUGUGUGUUCGUGUGUGUAUGUGUUCGUGUGUGUAUGUGUGUUCGUGUGUAUGUGUAUGUGUUUGAUGUAUGAGUCUGUUGUUGACAAGUGAGACAUAUUCCAUGCACUGGCACCCUAGUACAGAAUAGUAUGUACACCUCUACCUGUGUGUGUGUGUGUGUGUGUGUGUGUUAGAUAUAUGUCAGUGUCUGCAUGAUUAUUUACAGCUCUUUCACCAUAUCUGCCUAUAUGAUGGAUGGAUGGAGGUUUAUAGAUAAACGAGAGAUAACAGAAUCGGCGGUGGCUGGAACACCUCGAAAAUUAAAGAACGAGUGACGAGAGUACGUCGGCUACACCUGUCCGAGUGCGCUAACAAGAACUGUUUUAAUUUCAUCACUUGUAUAAACGUACGUACCUUAUAUUUAAAGAGCUUUUAACUUUCGUGCUACGCUAAUCAUGUUACUGUUAUACAGUUGUUGCUAUGGUGGCAUCUUGUAGAAAAUUGCCUUGCUCUAUUCUUAGCCUAUAAAUUAGCGAUCCACAGAUCCGAUACUGGUUUGUAUUUGACGUAUUUAUCAAUUAGCAGAUUCAAAUUAUAAGUUUUUUUUUUUUUUCCCAGAUCAAACUGAUGAAUAUUUAAACCAGCAGGUUUGGAUUUGAAGGUUUUUUUUUUUUUCAAUCAGCAGAUUUAGAUUCGGAUUUGACGUAUUUUUAGAUCACUUUCAGAUAAGCAGAUUCAGAAUUGUCGUGUUUUUCGAUCUUUGGAUUCAGAUUUGAGGUAUUUUGAAUCGUUAUUUAUGCUUGUUGUCAUGGUUACGUUCCAGUGUAGUUACAUCAUAUUAUUAUUACUUUAGAACUGUGAUUAAUAACGAGUAAGUUGAUCAUUUUAAUAAUGAUAUUAUUUAAAGAAGCUGAAAUUUCCUGUUUACACGCCGUUUACCUCAACUCUUUUGUUUAAUAUUGUUGUAACGUCUGUUGUUAACUCUGUUUUGCUUUCAGAUAUUUAUCGCACACUGCGAUUAUUAUUUACUAAAUUGUACUUAAAGUUUAAUAUCUGAUGGAACAGAAACAGUUCUUGCUGGUGCACUCGGACGUUUUACGAAGGGAAACCGUUACUGGACCAAAAGCUACUUGAGUGAGUGAAGGAAUGAAUGAUGGUUGUAUUAAAAAAAGCAGGACGUGUUAAACAGAAUGAGGAGCUAGUUAGGAGAAGAUUUGUCGUGUGAUGAGGUAAAGACAGAACGUGGAGACGACAGGAAUAAGAAUAAGAAAUAAGAAUUGUCCGUGCAGCAAGUGCUAGAGAAACAUGAAGAGGGAUCGAGUUCUUGGAGGGCAGAGUAGCUUUAAAGCACAAUAGCAGCUAAGCACAACAUAUUUGUCGUCUGUGUUGUCGUUCGUCUGACUUUGUAUAACUUUGCGUUGAUGCUAGCAAGCAUCAAGUCACUCGUGUCACUUGUAAUUGAUCGCUUGUGGGCGUGGCCUGUCUAAUUUUUUAUUUUUUUUAGUUCUGAUGGGAAACUGUAAUAACUGUAGGUAUACGAUUUAUACACGUCAAUUUUGUUUUUGUUACAUGCUUGGCUUCGUACAUGCUAACUCUAUGAGCUACGUACACACACCAGAGGCACCCACGAUCUCUGCUACUUCCUUCCAAGCUUCAUUUUACUGCGUAAUGUCUCUAUAGACAUUUAAUGAGAGGUCGUAUAUGACAAGAUGAAACCACAGUUAUACUUUUUUCUUGCAUUUUUGUGGGAACUAAUUGCAGGCAGGUUGUUAGUGGCGAACUGAAGAAACGUUCAAUCACACGCACCAUAAGAUUUGGAUUCGUCAUUGCUCCGUGUCGCGAACGUACGUAGAAACCGAAUGUCACCUGUCACUUUGUCGCUUGCUAGCAUGAAUGUAGAGUUAGCUAACAGUUACGCAAAAUCAUCACCUUCCAGCCGCUAGCGAUGCUGUUGGCUCCGCCCCCGUGUGCUAGUGACGCUGACAGUCGCUCUAUCAAACCUAAAUGUUCGGUUUAAAGGGAUGGAAAGUGACUUUUUUCAUUCUUUGACAGUGUUAAUGUAAAUGAAGUAAUUUUGCAAAAAAAACAAAAACACUUAUUUAUGCUCAUAACUCACUCAAAAAACAAACAGAAAACAUACCGAUACAAAAACGCUGCUUGGGUUUUUCUCCACUUAACAAUAUCUACUCAUAUAAUAUCGUUCGGAAAUAUAAAAAAAUUUCUUCAAAUGUAAAAAAAAUCAGAAUGUUACAACUUUGUACAGACAAAUUGUCAGUAAUUUCGAACACUUUGCAUAACUAAAUUUCCUGAAUGCCGCAUUUUUGUGUCGCUCUGUAAAAGCUUCGCUCUAACGCCGGCUGAUCUGCUCCUGUGCCAUAAACGUGUGUGUACAUUAAGAUAACGCAUGACUGAACGUUAAUUUAAGGCUUUGUGUAUUUAAACAGAUAUAUUGGGAUUUGAUUUUGUAUCUUAUUUUAUUGUAAAUGUUACCGCUUAAAGUUACGGAAGAUGAGAAAAUGGUUUAUCUUUUUUAUAAUUAAUAUUAUUUCUGUACAGAUUAUUCGCAAAGUGCACUAUUAAAGGUAUUAAAAUCAGCUCCAAGUC